GCGUCCAGUAGCUGCGUCUCCAACCGCUAGAAAACACUGGAGAAGAAAAAAAAGCUGCUGCUCGCCUGAAUAGCUUUAGCCCCUCGAUUUAUAAAAAUAAAAGCAUGUUAUUGUGUUUGGCUCUGAGGAUUUAAAACCCUGAGCUGUGUGAAAACAUGAACACAGAGACAUCCAAAGAUGGAGGGACGUCAAAGGUCCGCGUGAAGAAAGAGGAGACGCUGGAGCUGAACAUCUCCAACCAUGGAGACGACCUCGACAACCCACCUGAAGGUCUUUCCAUUAGCAUGGAAGAUCAUGACAAUAAAGACUACCUCUACUGUGAAGUUUGCAAAUCCGUCUUCUUCAACAAAUGUGAGGUUCAUGGACUGCCCCUCUUCAUCUCAGAUACUCCUGUUCCCAUGGGAGUCUCUGACCGAGCCAGACAAACUCUUCCUCCUGGGCUAGAAAUCAAGAAGUCCAGUAUUCCUGACGCAGGCCUGGGAGUGUUUAAUAAGGGGGAGACGAUUCCAGUAGGUGCACACUUUGGACCCUACCAGGGAGAGCUGGUAAACCGAGAGGAAGCCAGGAAAAGUGGAGACUCCUGGGUUUCAUCUCAUUAUCAUCACAGUCUUCGAAACCCUCAUCCAGAUCAUCAUCAUCAUCUGUCGGGUCAUACACCACAUCAUGCUGCACCUCCUCUUCGUCAUCAUCUUCCACCUCCUCAUUCUGUCUCUCCUGGGGCUCUACAUCUCCUGCCACAUACUCCCUCUCAUCACCUGCAGGCUACUCUGGCUCAUCAUCACCCUCCUCCAUGCUUGUUGAGCGAUUAUCCGUUUGUUUUGAUAGCUGUCAGAAAUGUCAAGCCAAGGACUUUUGAACUUCGCGGGGGUCUAAUCCAUCUGACCAAUAGCGGUUCAAGUUACAUUUGUCUUCACGGGCAGCAGCAAAAAUAAACAGGAAGAAAUGAAACUUCGCGCAGCUAUGCUGCAUGUAGCGGUGUAUACUGCACACGUAAACAAUAUGGCGGCGCCCGUGUCUAUGCCAACUUGACAAAUGUCUCUCAAAAUCUAUUGAAAUUCUCAUAAAAAAUGGUAAAAUAGACCAAGUUCUGCUUAAAAUGGGCAAGAAUUGUCAAUAGAAACCAUUGAGGCAGUGAGUAGUUUGAUAUAUAUAUAUAUAGCGUGGCGAGCCAGUCGCCCACUCGGUCGAGUACAUGUUGUCACUAGUCACCCGUACCCUUUCCAACUCGCAUUGGCGAGUGGGCGACUGCCCGUUUCGAUCCCUGGAUUGACUUAAACUGUUCCAUAUGAAGGGGCCUCUAAACAUUUAUUGUGAAUUGCCUUAGAUUAGAUUUUGUCAUUAUUGGCCUUAAAUUGUUUUGCUGUCUGGUAUUAUGACUAUGGAUAUCUAAAUUGAAUUUGAAUAAAUCCUUGUAACUCUCUGGUAAAUAAGAACUUUUAUGGAUUACUUUAUGAACGAAAAUGGCUGUUUGAAGUUUAUGUCAUAUACUGUCAAGACUUUCAGAUCGUAAAAUAGAGUCGCUGAGUUUGCUAAGAAAGAGACAUUUGAUGCAAUUCUCACAAAGCGCUUUUGUAACUGGUACAGUGGUUUGAUGGAAGUAGUAUAAGAAUUUGCCCAGAUAAUAUUGCAAUAUGUUAAAUCGGGGUAUAAUCAAGCUGUAAUACAAAGUCAUAAAUAUUUUACG